AUGAGUCCAAAUCCCGCCGAUGGGGAUCGUCAGCCUCGACAACGACAAUCAAUCCCUAUGGAAUACUUGCCAUCUGCGCCCCGAAAUGAUUCCGGAGCUCAACAACGGCCCAAUAUUCUUGACGCAAUGCAGCCGGACGAGAGCAUGGACAAGAAUACGCCGGAGUCUGCUGGGGCCUCUCGUGAUUCGGCAUAUUGGUAUACGUCUCAAAACUUAUCGCCUAGCAGGAGUGCGACCGGCUCGCCUAUUGAUCCCACAGCAUUGCAAGCUGCCCUACCGGCUGAAUUUCCGUCUUCCUUUCCCGAAGAACUGAAUCGGUCAUCGCGCGCAGUCGGCAUAUUUGAAGAAUCGCCAUACGUCGAAGAUGCUGCAAAUACUGACUGCGAUGACUCCGACCGAAUGCCCCUUACAGCUGGCGCUCAAUCAAUAUCAGGUUCCUUACUCCGGGACGGCCAUGACCAAGGUCGGAGCAGCUUUCAAACCGUAUCGGAUCUAGGCAACAGCAAUACUACCCAAGCUGGUCGGCCACUUAGUCUUGAGCACAAUCCCGAGGCUUCGUUUGAGCCCUCGCGCGGUCGGCAACAUGGGUAUGGUCAAAUGCUAAAUCCGGACGAGUGUCGAGCGUCUCGAGCGAAUUCCACCUCUGGCGCCCUUCAUCGAGCAGGGUCAAUUGUAAGGGCCAUGUCACAAAGAGUUGUCAACAUAAGUGGCGAAAGCGAAUCGAUCGAUCACCGACCUUCGAGACAGCAGUCUUUCGCUUCUAGACAAUCUUUUAUUCGUGACCGAGAUGGAAGCCCUGCUAUUUCAAUGCUAGCCGAUAACUCGUAUCAGUCACAGACACGUCAAGCGGGCCCCGAGAAAAGAGAGAUCUUACAUCAAACUCGAGAGCUCGCAGGAAACGACCCCCCACCUAAUCUUCUCAAAGGCCGCUCGCUGGGCUUCUUUUCCCCUGACAGCCCCAUUCGCUUGUGGCUGUGUGAAGUAUUAGUCAAUCCUUAUACAGAGCCAUUUAUUCUGCUUCUCAUUGUCCUACAGACCCUACUUUUGGCUGUAGAGUCUGGUCCUAAUGUUUUUCUUCAAGGCAAUGCGCGGCCGGACCGAUGGGGAAGACAACCUGUAGACUGGAUCUUCCUCGGACUCUUCAUUGUAUUCACCCUAGAACUCAUCGCCCGCAUUAUUGUAUCCGGCUUUUUACUCAAUGCUGCCGAAUACAGCACGAUAGAUCGGAAAAGAGGCAUUCGAGCUGCGCUUGCCGAACAAUACAAGGUUGCGUUCAGACCACAGCGGCAAAAAUCCGUGAAAGAAAUGCGGCAGGCCGAACCACAACAAUCAGCAUUCUCCCGUUCAUUCACAACAAUCAUGCAGGGCCAGCAAUCAUUGCCUUCAACGGUCGAGGAACAUCAACGCUACCAGCUCGCUCGUCGGGCGUUUCUGCGACGUUCCUUUAAUCGCCUGGAUUUUGUCGCUGUGGUGUCAUUUUGGAUCUCGCUUGUUCUGGGUCUUGCUGGUGUUGAAAGCCAGCAUCGCUUGUACAUAUUCAAAAUGCUAAGCUGCCUUCGGAUUUUGCGACUAUUGGCGUUGACCCACGGUACCGCGAUCAUUCUAAGAAGUCUUAAAAAAGCUGCUCCGCUGCUUGUCCGGAUUGCUUUCCUGUUAGGCUUUUUCUGGCUUCUCUUUGCCAUUAUCGGCAUCCAGAGCUUCAAAUCUAGUCUGAGCCGCCAAUGUGUCUGGCUAGAUCCUCUGGACCCCAAGAACUUUUCGGCCUCCUACACUAAUGACAUGGAGUUUUGCGGAGGAUACUUGGACAACCAGACAGGGAAAAUCUUGCCCUGGGUAAAGUUUGGCACAGUCGGUUCAUUGGACAAUCUUUCCAACGGCACCCGAGACGGUAAAGGCUUCAUUUGCCCUCGUGGAUCCAUUUGCCUGGAGCAACACAACCCUUACAACGGAACCGUCAAUUUCGACAACAUCGCCAACUCUUUGGAGCUCGUCUUUGUCAUUAUGAGCGCUAAUACAUAUUCCGACUUGAUGUAUCGUACAAUGGCGUCAGACUAUCUACAAGCCGCUUUAUUCUUUGGAGCUGGAAUAAUGAUCAUGUUGUUAUGGCUCACAAAUCUUCUCAUAGCUGUAAUAACGUCGUCAUUUCAAGUGAUUCGCGAGGAGAGCAAGUCAAGCGCCUUCACUGCAGAUAUCGAGCCUCCAGUUCAACCUCGGCAAGGGGAACGCGUUUGCAGACCCUCGCCACUGCAGAGGUUAUAUGAGAAGCUUUCCAUUUUUUGGGUUCUAGUCAUCACGUUUGGAUUGGUUUGUCAGUCCUUUCGAAGCUCCAAAAUGUCUCCCUCCAGGGAGAAAUUCAUCACUGUGGCGGAGGUCAUAACAACCAUUGCCCUGGACGUAGAAAUCCUCCUUCGAAUCGGCUCAGACUGGCGAAAAUUUCACCGCAGCUGGCGCAACUUAUUUGACCUUUUCCUGGCAAUCGUUACGGGAAUCAUACUCAUACCGCCAAUUCCAGGCACUCGAACGUACCAGUGGCUCACAGUUUUCCAGAUUCUCCGGGUGUACCGGGUUGUGCUGGCAAUUCCAGUGACUCGCAAACUGAUUUUACUCGUGUUGGGGAACGCGGCCGGUAUCGCGAACUUGAUGCUGUUCGUGUUUCUCAUGACUUUUUUAGUCGCCAUCUUCGCUGCACAAUUGUUCCGCGGGCUAUUACCCACAUAUAAAGAUGGCUCACUCGUCAGGAUCUCGUUCUUCACUAUAUAUAACUCUUUCCUUGGUAUGUACCAGAUUCUGUCCAGCGAAAAUUGGACGGAUAUUUUAUAUUCAGUCACGUCGUUUACUAAGGUGUAUCACACUGCUUGGAUCGGAGCAAUAUUUCUCAUUGGCUGGUUUAUACUCUCCUUCUUCAUCUUGAUCAAUAUGUUUAUUGCCGUUAUCCAGGAAAACUUUGAUGUAUCGGAGGAUGAGAAGAGACUGGAACAAGUCAAAGCCUUUCUUCAAAGGAAAGAACUGGGACAUAAUCCUAGCCACCUGACUCUGUCGACAAUCUUCAGCCUCGGGAGGGCUCGUCGGCGCCGAGAUCCGCUCGACUAUGGGCCCGCAAUGAUGGAAAUGCUUUUGAAAGAUGCCGUGGUCCGUGAUUUUCUUGACGACCACACUUCAGAUGCCCUGCAAGAUAAUGCAGGCAAUGCUUCCCAACGAAGCGCGACCAAUCUAUUCAGCGAUAAUGCGAAGCCAGGCAUAGUUGCAACGUUGUGGAAGCGACUCGUCAAUACGCAGGAUAAAGAUCCAAAUCCGUUCUACGCCAAUAUUCGAUUCGACGGCCCAAACGACACUCUUGAUCCACGUCAAAUGGCUCGACAAGCCGUCUCAGCGACGGCGGCCAGACGAAAAGCCCAGCGAGAGUAUCUUGCCCGUCAUCCACGGUACAAUGACUCGCUAUACAUCUUCAAGCCCAAGCACUUCUUACGACGCGCGUGUCAGAGGAUCGUAGGUCCCGCCAGAGGACACGAAAGAUUCGACGGCGUGGAGCCUAACAAGAUACUCUGGCACACCUUUUCGGCGUUUGUGUAUGCAGUCGUAGCUGCCAUGGUUAUUUUAGCUUGCGUCACUACGCCACUCUAUCAGAAGGGAUACAGGGAACAACACCCCCUAAACACAUGGAACUGGUACGUCUGGACUGAUUUGGCCUUUACGUCUGUUUUCACCGUCGAAGCAUUGAUCAAGAUCAUCGCGGACGGGCUGUUUUGGACGCCAAAUGCGUAUUUGCGGAGUUCAUGGGGCAUGAUUGACGGCAUUGUGCUUGUGACGUUAUGGAUCAACGUUGUGACACUCUUGAUCAAUGAUGGGGCUAUACCCAGAGCCGUCGGCGCGUUCAAGGCCUUGCGAGCUCUUCGUUUGCUCAAUGUUAGCGACAGUGCCAGAGACACAUUCCACUCAUUAAUCAUUGUCGGCUGGUGGAAGUUGAUAGGGGCAGCUCUAAUCUCCCUGUCACUACUGAUCCCCUUUGCCAUCUAUGGACUGAAUCUCUUCGCUGGACUCAUGGUGUCGUGCAACGACUCCAACAACAUGGACACUCUGAGCGGAUGCUUUGGCGAGUACAACAGCACUCCCUUCAGUAACAACUGGCCGAUGCUCGCUCCUCGCGUCGCCUCGAAUCCGUACUUAAACUUUGACGACUUUGGCUCAUCUCUGUUCACGCUUUUUCAAAUUGUCAGCCAAGAAGGCUGGACGGACGUCUCAUUUGCUGCGCAGGCCAUUGUGGGACGGGGCAUGCAACCUCAGGACCUGUUUGCGCAGGGCAACGCAUUGUUCUUCGUUGUGUUCAACCUCAUGGCCACCGUUUUCGUCCUCACUCUGUUCAUUUCCGUUUUCAUGCGAAACUAUACGGAGCAGACAGGGGUCGCCUUCCUCACGGCGGAACAGCGCUCUUGGCUGGAACUUCGAAAGUUGUUGCGCCAGAUAUCGCCCUCAAAGAGCUCCUACAAGGAAAGCGAGAAGUGGUGGAAGAAGUGGUGUCACAAAAGAGCAAUCGAGAAACGCGGAAAGUGGUACCAAGCCAUUACGAUCGUCUUAGUCCUUCAUCUGCUUCUUCUCAUGAUCGAGUUCAGGUCGGAGCCGUUCUGGUGGUCCAAAACUCGAGAGGCGCUAUUCUUGAUACUAAUUUCCAUAUAUCUGAGCAACGUUGCCAUUCGAAUAGUUGGCCUUGGAUGGGCAAGGUUUCGGAAAAGUUCCUGGGAUCUCUAUUCACUUGUCUGCGGAUCAGGGUCUUUCGUGGCCACCGUGGCGCUGAUGAUGGCCAACGCCAGAGCAGAAGCAUCCGUUCAAUUCCACAAGUUUUUCCUUGUCGCCAUGGUUUUGCUUCUGAUACCGCGGAACGAUGCACUGGACCAGCUCUUCAAAACCGCAGCAGCUAGCUUGCCAAUCAUAAGCAACUUGCUUGCAACGUGGCUGGUCAUCUUCCUUGUCUUUGGCAUCGCCUUGACGCAGGCAUUCAGCCUCACUCGGUUUGGUGAUAACGAGACUGCCGACAUAAACUUCCGAAGCGUCCCGAAAGCGCUUAUCCUGCUCUUCAGGAUGAGCUUAGGCGAGGGAUGGAAUCAGAUCAUGGAGGAUUAUGCAUCGAUUCGACCGCCGUUGUGCGUCGAAGAGGAGAGAUUCUUUGACAGCGACUGUGGCAGCAAAGCGUGGGCGCGCUUUCUGUUCGUCGCUUGGAAUAUCGUUAGCAUGUACAUCUUUGUGAAUCUCUUUGUUUCGCUCAUCUACGAGAGCUUCAGCUAUGUCUACCAACGCUCGAGCGGUAUGGCGGUGGUUGAUCGAGAUGAAAUACGGCGUUUCAAGGAGGCCUGGCGGAGCGUCGAUCCAGCAGGAACAGGCUUCAUUUCCAAGGAGCAGUUUCCACGGCUCCUGGGAGAACUCUCCGGGGUGUUCCAGAUGAGAAUCUACCAACCCGAGGAUUCCAUCGCGCAGAUCCUGGAAGAUGUGCGAGACGGCCCCGAGUCGACGCGUCACACGUGUUUCGCUACGACGACGAAUCUGCACAACAACAACGACAUCAACAUUGACAGACUGAACCAGCGAUUGGCGCAACUUGAUGUGGACAAGAUACGCGAGCGACGCCGGCGGUUCAACAUCUUCUUCGGGGAAGUGCUGGUGUCUGCUGAUCCAGAUAAAGGCAUAGCUUUCACAGACGUAUUGUUCAUUCUUGCUCAUUACAACAUUAUCAAUGACAGCAAGAGCUUGAAGCUCGAAGAAUUUCUCCGUCGACGGGCACGGUUGCAACGCGUCGAUGAAGAGAUCCGACGGAAAGUUGUGCAAGGGUUCUUUGAUACACUGUACUGGUCACGACAAUUCAAGAAACACAUGAGAAACAAGUACGCGUCCCGCCUGACGACGAUUCCGCAACUUCAAAUACCCCACAUCCUGGUCGACGACGAAUUCAGCGACCAGGUGAAGCAAAGGGACGGCAAUCCCUUGGGCGAGGAACCACGCUGGACGCAGCUGAGUGCCAGAGAAGGCGACGGGAAACUAGCGACUUGCAGCCCGACAGACCUUACUCUUGGUGACGCGGAACAUCAACACCCACUCAGUCAGCCCCAACUAGGCCAGUCUGCUAGUACGCGUCAGGGCAGCGUUUCCGCCUUCAGCUUCGAGCUCGACGAGCCCGGGACCGAUCCGCAGCCUGCCUCUCCAUCGAGCCGCAACGGAAGCAUUGUAAGCGCAACAGACGCCCGCAACAUGCUAGAUGACUCCGUCUGGAUGGAAAGCAUAAGGCGAAGCGCAACGCUGCGAAGACCAGAAAGGGGCUCUUAUCGCUUUGGAGACCUCGGAUAG